AUGCUACACCACAGCACCAAAUUCAUCAUUGUACCCGAAAGCCUCUCAACAAUGCAAAUUCCAACAUCAUUUAUCAUCUUCCUCUUCUUCACAUUCCUCACACUCGCAACCGCAAAGAACUCCACUCACAACCUCACAGCCACAAUCCCAGAAAUGGCCUCGGCCGUGAAACUAUCCGCAAUCGCCGAAAUAGCUUUAAUGGCAAAGUCCUCUCCCUCCGACAUCAAUGGAACAUCCACUUGCCAGUGUCUCCAGCCGGGCAUCUGGUGCGGCACACGUUCAGGCAACGGAACCCUGAACGACAUUGUCAGGGGACGUCUAAAUGGGACUCAACAUGGCGAUCACAAUGCAACAAGACCUGAAAUUAGACAGCAAACGCUAAAUGGGACGUGUGAUUGGGAUACGGUGUAUUUGUGUCCGCCUGAAGCGGACCUCGCUCAGAAUUCUUUGCCUUGCAGGGAGGACGCGCAUGCCGUUAAGAAACAUUGCUGGGAGUUGGAGAGGAGUUGGAUUGAUAUUUGUGAUUGA